UCAGCAGUGUGGUGAUGAGGAGGCCUACUAGUGGACUGUCUGUCUGAAAACACGUACGCGUCUCGACAGACUUUGCGGCACAGGCGCUCUCUGAAUAGAAAAACUUUCUGGUGCAUAGACAGAGUGCCACGCAAGAAGCGACGCCCGCCAAGGGGACUUUUUUUUUUGUCGCGACGUGGUUAAGAAAGGGAAAGACAAAACAAAGACAACAGUCAUAUUCACUAGGAAAACUCUUAACGUGAAGGAGGAAUAGCCUAGCAGCAGAGUCCUACUUCCUGAGGUGUAAUGGAUCCAGCUCCUAACACCAUGGAUAUGGACAUGCAGCCACGAGGACAGCAAGCAGCCGUGCCAGUGUUUCAACCCCAGCAACAACCAGAUAUGGGCCACAUCUCAUUGGCUAACUUCCAGAUUGAGAAAAAGAUUGGACGUGGCCAGUUCAGUGAGGUCUACCAGGCAAGAUACCUUUUAGACAACACGUCGGUGGCCUUGAAGAAAGUUCAGAUAUUCAACUUGAUGGAUGCCAAAGCUCGGCAAGAUUGCAUCAAAGAGAUAGAUCUCCUUAAGCAAUUGAACCACCCGAACGUGAUAAAGUAUCAUGCAUCUUUUAUUGAGGAAAACGAGCUGAACAUAGUACUGGAGUUAGCCGAUGCUGGAGACCUCUCUCAAAUGAUCAGGUACUUUAAGAGGCACAGGAGGCUUAUCCCAGAGAGAACAGUGUGGAAGUACUUUGUCCAGCUCUGCAGAGCGAUCGAGCAUAUGCACUCCCGGAGAGUCAUGCACAGAGAUAUCAAGCCAGCCAAUGUAUUCAUCACGGCUACAGGAGUAGUGAAGCUAGGAGAUUUGGGACUGGGAAGAUUUUUCAGCUCCAAAACAACCGUUGCUCACUCUUUAGUGGGUACUCCUUACUACAUGGCACCAGAGAGGAUACAUGAAACGGGCUACAACUUCAAAUCUGACAUCUGGUCGCUGGGAUGCAUUCUCUACGAGAUGGCAGCCUUACAGAGUCCCUUCUAUGGGGAUAAAAUGAACCUCUGCUCCCUGUGCAAGAAGAUAGAACAGUGUGACUACCCUCCUCUUCCCUCAGAUCACUACUCAGAAGAGCUGAGGAACCUGGUAGAUAUGUGCAUCAACCCUGAUCCAGAGAAGAGGCCAGACAUCGGCUACGUGUAUCACAUUGCCAAACACAUGCAGAAUGUGACACAGCAGAGCAGCUAAGCCCAGAGUUACACACUCUCUGCCUUGGAGAACCCCCCAUGUUCCCGCUUGCUUUCCAUGCUGGACUUGUAACACAUCUUUAAGCAUUUUUGUUUAGCUUCUCCUUAUAAUUGGUACAUGAAACUGAUUUCUAUUGUUUACAGUCUGUAAAAUGACUGGCACAAAGGCUGAACCUGAAUAUUCAGCUAUCCAGAUAUACAUUUGUAUGCUCCGUUUUCCGUUUUGGGAUUUGGAUUUUAUUUUAUUUUAUUUUUUUUUAUUUCUCAGCUUGUAUGGUUGACCUGUAUUCUCACAGUGGUGAAUGUCACACUUCAGCCAAUCUUUCUUUACCUCAAUUAGUGACUUUGUUGAUAGAUUUUACAAGUAUCUAACAAUUUUUUGGACAGUCAGUAGUAUUGUACCAAAAAAGCAAAGUAUAGCCCUCAAACAAUGGGCACACGUGUCCAUGCCUCUACUCUCUGCUAUUCUGUUUUAUUACUCAUUAUCUGAAGCCUAACAACCCUAGCUGACACCCAAAACUUCUAAUGUUCACAGUGAUUUUUCUUUUUUUUCCCCUAGUAUCAGCAACAAAUUAUUUCCUUAGAUUUUUAUCUCAUUAAAAAUGUAUGAAUUUAAGCAGAGUAACUUGGGGAAAAAAAGUCCAUAAUUGUAAUCAAUUUGACAAUUAUUUAUUUGGCCUUGUUGACUUUUACUGUGUCACAGAUCAUAUAAAUUUAGUUAGCAAGUGAAAACCUUUAGCAUAUGUUUAAGUGAAGAGGUGUUUACUCUGCAACAGCAAAUCUGAGAUGAAAAUGGUUAUUGAUGAUUGAGGUGUUGUGUUGCACUUUUUACUGGAGGGCUGGUAAGGUGAUCAUGUCUAAUGAAUGUAUCAGAAAAAGGAGGGGUUAUUUAACCCUGUAUGAUAUUUGAUAUUACACAGUUUCUGAGACCUUUUGCAUCACUUUAUGGUAAAAACUUACCUUAAAACCCUGUUGUACACAAUCUAAUACGUGUCCUCUGCUCCCUGGUUGAUACAAUAAAAAUACAGUAAUGCACCACAAUAAUUUUAACAUGUCACACAGUAAUUAUACCAAUUACUUUAAAUUUUUUUUUCAUUUUUUUAACAUUAUUAAAGGGCCAAAUAAAGACUUCAGUUAAAAAAAAUGACAAUUUUCUCCCCAGUUUUCCUUGGGUCAGGCUUUAAACUGUUAAAGGAUGGACUAGGAACAUACUCAUGGCAAGAAUUUGGAAAAAUGUCUCCACAACACUGCAUUUUAAUCAUUUUGACAAAUUCGUAUGGUCCGAAAACUUCUAAUUGUCUGUUUGACAGCCUUAUAGACAUGGAAACUGUAACGAAGCAAUUUUAUACUGUUUACUUUAGAACCCCAAAUAAUGCCUCCUUCGUUCAGUUUAACAAGGAUAUACAGUUGUUACCAAGUCUGAUGUUGCUUAGGGUGUCAAAAAUCACACAAUGAAAAAUAAAGAAAAUAAAACGCAGCUCUCUAUCACGGUGCAGUGGAAGCAUUUUACCCAUUGGAAGGGCAGUUUAACCUUAAACAGCCUUAUUACUGUUGCAGUGUUAGUUGCUGCGUAUGUGUUUUAAGUAACCAAUAAGAGAGAGCAGAUCCUUCCUUGUGUAGCCGUCCAUGCUAGGAGUACACCACAGUGAUAUCUAACUGAUGUCCUCUGCUGUCCGAGGACAUUUAUACCUACAGAAGAGUGUAUUCUAUGACUAGUACAGUAAAGCUUGUAUUGGAAAGGGAAAAUAAGAGACUAUAAUUGUGCUAUACUGUACAGGUCAAUGAAGAAAAGAUCCCACUGAACUGUUAACAGUGGAAAGGUUUACACUAGUGGUUCAUGAAUGAUCCACACUAAUUAUCACAGAUUCUUUUCAUGACAUUAUUAAUACCACAUUAAAGGUAUGACACAUAACAGUGAUUGGUACCACACUAUAUUAGACUUUACAUUAUCUAAUAGCCUGUUAACCCUUUGUUUAAACAUUAAGCCCUUUUUUUUAAUCUAAUACUGUUAACAUGCUUCAUACAGAAUCAAUACUUAAAAAAAUUAAAUGUAAAUGAUUAUUUUCUUUGGUUAAAAGAAUAUUUUGAUGUGUUAUUUACAGAGAUUUAUGGCAAAUGUUUGCCUUUUCUGUUGGAUUUCCCUCCUUUAUUUCACCUUUUACUCUGCCAAAGCAAAAACCAUGCUUUAUUUUUUAUCUUUAGUUACAGAGCAGAUAAUGUGUUAUCAAUGCUUUCUAAAGAGGAAUGUGUGUAUAGCACCAACACAUUGCAGUAUUGUUAUUUUGUCUGGGAGCUGUUGCUUUAAAGCACUUUUUAGAGAUUUUAGUUUUGACGCUGUAUAGGACUUCCAAAUACAGUACAGUAAAAGAGUAAAAUACUACAGUAGAACCUCCAGUGUCUUCAGGAGGCAUCCACCAAUAGUUUCCUUUAAGAAUAUUUAAUUAAAGUUCCUGUUGAAUUAAUAUUGGUAAAAGUGAAUCAUGGGUGGUCUAUAAAACCAAAGCACCAUAUUUUUAGGGAAAAAAGUUUUCUCUUUGCAUAAGAAAAUUUACUUUAUUUUUUAAAACCUUACAGAGGGAAUGUUUAAUACACACAGAGCUAAGUCACUUUAAGGAUUAUGGCUGUUUAAUUUUUUUCGCUUCAUCUUUUGUUUUUUCUUCUUGUUCUGUAAUGUAAUGAAUGCUUCAUGUCUCAGCCUUUUAGCUUUACUGUGUUUGCAUGCCUGCUAAUGUUGGUAUUGAAGUGUCCAGAAAGUAAAUAUAUUUACAAUCAAAUAUUUAUUGUUUUGGCAUCUUGAUUUGCUUUCUCAACAUUUCAUAAAAAGAUAAAUGCCCGUAUUACAAAUACUCUGUAUGACAACUAAAUGUAAUAAAGCUUUGAACUUUG